AUGUCGGCCGACUCAACAUCCAGGCUUCCCAGUGUGCAAUUUGCGAUUAUCGAAGACGAAAAUGGAGCCCCUAAGCUGGCCAACAUAUCAUUGCCUGGUCUGAAGCCCGGAACCAUCAUGGUCAAGACCGUCGCCGUUGCGCUCAAUCCGAGUGACCACAAAAUGGGCGCCGCCUUUCCAUCUCCUGGUGCAGUGGUCGGAAUGGACUUCUCAGGCACAGUCGCAGCGAUCCACCGUGAUACCAAGACCGAUCUCAAAAUUGGUGACCGCGUCUGCGGCAUGGCUCAAGGCUCGAACCCCGGCGAUCCGACCAACGGGGCAUUCGCUCAAUACGUACGCGCGCGCCCCGAAAUGCUGGUCCGGGUUCCGAAAGGCAUGCCUAUGGAAGAGGCUGCGACUCUCGGGGUGGGACUAAUGACAAAUAUCAUGGCUCUUUGGGACCAUGCAGCGCUUGGCCUAUCCGCUACUCCUGAAUCACCGGCAGAGAAGCGCUUCCCUGUCCUCGUAUACGGUGGGAGCACGGCAACGGGCACCUUGGCUAUCCAGCUGCUGAAACUAUCCGGACUCGACCCUGUCGUGACGUGCAGCCCUCGGAACUUUGAUCUCGUUCAUGGACGGGGCGCCGUGGCCCAGGUGGACUAUAUAAGGGCGGACCUUGUCGAGGAGGUUAAAAGGCUCACAGGCAACAAGUUGAAAUACGCAUUAGACUGUGUCACCGGGCCCGAGUCUGUAGCACAUUGCUAUGCGGCUAUCGGGCGGACUGGCGGCCGAUAUGUCUCACUAGAAAUGGUUCCAGAGGAGCUCCGUACACGGCGUGCCGUGCGGGCAAAGGUUGUUCUGGCAUAUGAGGCAUUGGGCGAAGACGUGCCGCUGUCCCAGGGCUACGAGAGUCGGGCAGACCCAGAAAAGUUUGCAUUUGCAGCCAAAUUCUUUCCCAUGUUUCAAAAGCUUCUAGAUGAGGGUAGCCUCAAGACUCACCCAAUCGAGUCCGCAGGCGUUGGACUGUCGAGCGUCUUAUCGGGCUUGCAAUCACUGAAGUCCGGAUCGGUUUCCGGAAGGAAGUUGGUUGUGACUCUAUGA